AUGGGCGAUAUGACAAGACCUCUUCGCGACUGGGCCCAGGAUCCAUACCCUCCGAGACAAGGCAGCGACGUCGGUGAUAAUGUCUCCGCUUAUGCCCAAACCCAUCACAGGGUCGUUGCACCGACGAAACCGCAAGACUGCGUCCAGCUUCCUGGACUGUCUAGCCUGCUUUCAGCCGAUCCGGCAUCCUUAACCUCGCCUUACAGAGAUUUCAACGCCGUCACUCCUUCCUCGUCUACUCCGGCUGCCAACUAUGCAACCCCGUCUCCUGAAAGACAGAUGCCGCCACAUAUACUUUCGUCGGGCAAAGUCUAUGGCAGCCUGUCAGGGUCGACAGGUGUGCAUGCUCCCAUGAGUAGCUCUGAUCCUCGACUAUCACCAGCAGCUCAAUCGUUCGCCUCUAGCGACCGGUCGUCUCGACACCACAGUCGUAAUUUGCCUGCACACUAUCAUCAACCGGUGGUAGCAGCAGGCUACUCUGUAACCUGCAACGACCGCCCGGCUUUGGCAUCUGCCUCGCCAUACCGCGAGACAAAAAAAAUGUCCGUUGCGGGCCUUUUGAGUGAUACGGCACCGCACCCCAUGAUGUCACCACAGCGGCCCCUCGGGUUGGCGCAGUUUCCAACGGAGCGGAAGACUGUCACCCCUGUGCCCCCGCAGAUGCCGUCGAGGUCACGCUACAAGCGCAUCCAAGCCCGUCUGCUAGUACAGCAGCAGCUGCUGCAGCAGCCGCAGCCGCAGAAGGCGCAUGACGCUUGCCGGACGCCUUCAAGUACCAUACCGACGACAAGGACCAGCGGGCCAGUCAUGGGGUCAGAGUAUCGGAUAUGGGUGCGGCAGCAGCCAAUGGCAGCGCGGUCGUGUGGGUUUGGAGAACGAGACCGAAGGGUGAUUGACCCGCCACCAAUAGUGCAAAUGGCAAUCAACAUGCCGGGAGCGACGCGCGAGGAGAUCAGGGCACGAAUGCGGAUCCAGUUCGCGGUGCUGCACUGUUCAAUUUGGGACGAGACAGGCAAGCAGGACAAUUCGGCGAUGCCCGAGGACUACCGACAGCAGCGACGGCUGAUGGGCACGCUGGUGUCGAGCCCCUUUGUCGGCGAGGACGAACACGGCGAGGAGGGCUGUUUCUUCUGCUUUCCUGACCUAUCGUGCCGCACUCCAGGCGCAUUUCGACUCAAGUUCGUGCUGGUGGUGCUGGAUCCUAGGAAUAUGCGCACCGGCGGGUCAUCGCCCAUCCUAGCCACUACCAUGAGCGGUGUCUUUAUCGUCUACAGUGCCAAAGACUUCCCGGGAAUGCAGGCCAGCACCGCCUUGACCAAGCGACUCAAGCAGCAGGGCUGUCUCAUCUCCAUCAAGAAGGGAAACGACAAGACGAGCGCAGCCCACGACUGCGAGAGCGAAGACGACGACGACGGCGAAGGUAGCCAGGACGACAGGCUCUCUUCUGGUAAAGGCUGCAAGCGGGCCAGGAAGGCGUGA